CAGGAUCUUGUGUAUCCAACGUAGCACUUGCGCACUUUAGUACAUGUACAUGUACCCGUACAUACUGUAUGUGUCUGUAACUAUCGGUACCCCCUUGCUACACAUACAAGAAUCUUGGCAAGAUGUCGAUGUAUAAUUUCAAGAAGAUAACUGUCGUACCAACAGCAAAGGAUUUCAUUGACAUUGUGCUGUCUAAGACACAGCGCAAGACACCGACAGUCAUCCACAAGCACUACAAGAUCAGCCGCAUCCGUCAGUUCUACAUGCGCAAGGUCAAGUACACGCAGCAGAAUUACCACGACAAACUCAGCCAAAUCAUCACUGAUUUCCCCAAACUGGAGGAUGUCCAUCCGUUUUAUGCAGAUUUGAUGAAUGUGCUUUAUGACAAAGAUCAUUACAAGUUGGCCCUGGGUCAGAUCAACACAGCAAGACAUCUAAUUGAUAACGUUGCCAGAGACUAUGUCCGGCUCUUGAAGUACGGCGACACGCUGUACCGCUGUAAACAGUUGAAGCGGGCGGCCAUGGGCCGGAUGUGCACCAUCAUGAAACGCCAGAACCAGAGCUUGCAGUACCUGGAGCAGGUCCGACAGCACUUAUCCCGUCUACCGUCCAUCGACCCUAACACUCGUACCUUGCUCCUGUGUGGCUUCCCGAAUGUUGGCAAAUCCAGCUUCAUGAACAAGGUGACCAGGGCCGAUGUGGAAGUGGAGCCCUAUGCCUUCACCACCAAGUCCCUGUACGUGGGCCACAUGGAUUACCGCUACCUGCGUUGGCAGGUGGUGGACACCCCUGGAAUUCUUGACCACCCGUUGGAGGACAGAAACACCAUUGAGAUGCAGGCCAUCACGGCACUUGCCCACCUACGUGCAGCCGUAUUGUAUGUCCUGGAUGUGUCGGAGCAGUGUGGCCACUCCGUGGAAGAGCAGGUGGAGUUGUUUGAGAGUAUACGGCCUCUUUUCUCCAAUAAGCCACUGGUUGUUUGUGCUAACAAGACUGACAUUGUCACAAUUGACGAACUGGCUCCAGAGAAGAAGGCCAUGCUGGAGAAGUUCCAGGAGGAAGGGAUUCCUCUGAUUGGCAUGAGUGCCGUCACAGAGGAAGGGGUCAUGGAGGUUAAGACAGAGGCUUGCGACCGCCUCCUGGCUCAGAGAGUGGACAUGAAGAUGAAGGGCAAGAAGGUCAGCGAAGUCCUGAAUCGUCUCCGAGUUGCCAUGCCAGCGCAGAGAGACACAAAGCCGAGGCCUCCUUGCGUACCAGCGGCCGUGGCCAAUCGCGCCAGCAAGCAGGCCAUGGACGUGGACAAGCCCAAGCGCAAGACCUACCGUGACUACGAGCUGGAGGCGGGCGACGACUACAUUCUGGACCUCCAGAAGGAGUGGGACGUGGCGGAGGACGAGAGGGAUGACAUCAUCCCCGAGAUCUGGAUGGGUCACAACAUCGCCGACUACGUGGACCCGGAGAUUGAGGCCAAGCUGGAAGAGCUGGAGCGAGAGGAGGAGAUGAGGGAACAGGCGGGCAUGUACGAUGAAGACAUGUCGUCGGAUGAUGAAGAAAUGAAGGAAAUAAGAGCCACAGCAAAGAAGAUUCGUGACAAGAAAAUCCUGAUCAUGAAUGCAUCCAAGGAAAAACGUCGCAUCAACAAGCCCCACAUGCCUCGAUCAUCCCAGCCGGUGAAGAGGAAACGCUUUGAGGAGCAGAUGGCAGAGUUUGGUGUGGAGCCGACGGAAGGGGGACAUUACACCCGAACACGAUCUCGCAGCAAGACUCCGGUGGCACCGAAGAAGCAGCGGACGGACUCACGAGGCCGGUCUGUCAGCAGUAUGCGCACGCCAAGGGAUCUGUCUGGAGUUCGGGACCAGACGCAACAAGCCAAGGUUGAGAAGAUGAGGAAAGUGGUGCAACGCAAGAGCAACAUGCAGGCCAAGAAGGGCGAAGCGGACCGCCGGAUCCCCAGCAAGAUGCCCAAGCAUCUCUUUGCCGGCAAGCGGAAGAUGGGCAAGACAGCCAGGCGCUGAGGUCGCGCCGCACUGUGGGAAUUUAUUUAUGUUUUCCCCUCUGGCAUUUUCUUUUCUUGUCACUGGCGUGCCAGUGAAUUCAUUCUCGACUCAGACACCUGUUCUGGUGGUAUCGUGGAAAGGGGAGAUUGUUGAUGUUGUGGUACAAAGUGUCCGUCUGGAGACAUCAUACAAGACUGUGGAUUAUAAUGAAUGUUGGGUUCCAACCAAGCAGAAGUUAACUUCAUGCAGUAAAUAUAUUUAUGACAUUGUUACCUGCCUUGUAGUUUUUAGUGAAGUCCCUAGAUAAGCUUAACCUCCUGAGCUUCUCUUAAUGAAUUGGCAUUGCUGUAUGCCCAUAAUUUUAGUGUUUUAGUAAUUCCAUUUGAGAAAUAUUUAACCCUCAAAGAUCCAGGUUAUUUUGGCCCCUCUCACAACCAGGUGGGGGUGGAUUCCACUCCCCCCCCCCGAACUCAGCUGUCCCCACUUGAUUGUUUUGAAACUUGGUUUGUGAAGUUUAAAAUCA